AACCACGAGUGAGCACUAAAGAAAGAAGAAGCAGGGUGUUGAGUGAAAAAACAGAGGAAAGAAAACAGAGGAAGAUGGAGAUUGAGGAAGUAGGGAAAUACGAGGGCCUGCCACUGCUCUCAUUGAACCAUGUCUCAUUGUUGUGCAGGUCGGUGUGGGAUUCUGUGAGGUUUUAUGAGGAAGUGUUAGGCUUUGUUGUCAUCAAACGGCCUUCUUCUUUCAACUUCAAUGGCGCUUGGCUGUACAAUUAUGGCAUUGGAAUACACUUAAUCGAGAACCCAUCGCUUGAUGAUUUCGACACCAUUGUUGAACCAAGGCCAAUCAAUCCUAAGGAUAACCACAUCUCCUUCCAGUGCACAGAUGUUGGCCUUGUCAAGCGGAGGCUACAAGACAUGGGAAUGAAGUACGUGACUGCAGUGGUGGAGGACGAUGGAAACAAAGUGGAUCAGGUGUUCUUCCAUGACCCUGAUGGGUACAUGAUCGAGCUCUGCAACUGUGAGAACAUUCCAAUCAUUCCCCUCUCCUCCUGCUCAUUCAGGCCCAGGAGUUUCAAGAAGGCUGCACCUGCUAAAUGUGGAUUCAUGGAGAAUGUCAUGAUGGAGAGCUUGAGCAUGGACAUGAUGAACUUCUCAUUUUGAGACCUUCACUCCCAUUUUGUCUCUCAAAAAACAAUAUCUUAUGCUGCAAAUUACUCCAAUUACAUGUCUUAGGUGUGGUAUGGUUCAAUAGUUGUAUUGCUUGCAAUAAGAUUGUAACAUAGGGGCGAGUGAUACACGCACAAGCCGAGAUUCAACUUUGAAUUGUAUUGUAUUGAGUUUAAAACAUGGCAUCUGACAGAUCAAAUGUAAGAAAGAAAAAAAAUGGUCUGUCGAGAGUUGCCAUUCUUGUCAUUGGUGUUAUUAAUGUUAAAUCUUG